AAGGUCAUGGUGCAGGAAUAUAAAAGGACACUCGUGCUGGGAGGUCGCACUUCAGCAAGGAAAAUGAGAGGACUUUGGGUUUUGCUGGCUCUGUUUGUGGCCGUUUUUGGCAAGGAGACCUUCGAGGGACACCAGGUCCUUCGGAUCACUGCUUUAAAUGAGGCCCAGCUCGAUCUCCUGAAGGAACUCCACGACAAGGAGCAGCUUGGGCUGGAUUUCUGGAUGGAACCCUCCGACGUGUCGCUGCCUAUCGAUGUCCGUGUUCCCUUCCACAGCCUGCAGGACAUCAGGGCGUUCCUGAUGUACCAUGAGAUCUAUUACGAUAUCAUGAUCCAGGAUCUUCAGGAUGUUCUCGAUGAAGAGCAGCGUGAGAUGUUGAGAGCCAAGUCUCUCCAGUCGAGAAGCACUGAUGAUUUCAACUACGCCAGCUACCACACGCUUAACGAGAUCAACAGCUUCAUUGACCAGUUGGUGCAGGAGAACCCUGGUUUCGUUAGCAAGAUCGUGAUUGGACAGAGUUACGAGGGACGUCCGCUAAACAUCCUGAAAUUUAGCACUGGUGCUAACCGACCUGGCCUCUGGAUCGACACUGGAAUCCACUCCAGAGAAUGGGUGACCCAAGCUAGUGGAAUCUGGUUCUCUAAAAAGAUCGUGACGGAUUACGGACGUGACGCAGAGCUGACCGACAUCCUCAACAAGUACGACAUUUUCCUGGAGAUCGUCACCAAUCCCGAUGGAUUUCAGUUCACCCACACGAGUAACCGUAUGUGGCGCAAGACAAGGAAGCCCAAUCCUGGAUCUAGCUGCGUUGGAGUCGAUCCUAACAGGAACUGGGAUGCUGGAUUUGGAGGUCCGGGUGCGAGCAGUACCCCUUGCUCAGAGACGUACCGUGGACCACGUGCUCACUCUGAGCCUGAGGUCAAGGCCAUCGUGGACUUUGUUAAGUCUCAUGGCAACAUCAAAGCCUUUGUGUCCAUCCACAGUUACUCUCAGAUGCUCCUCUACCCGUACGGCUACACCAAAACUCCCUGCAAGGACCAGGCUGAGUUGCAUGAGCUCGCAAGAAAGGCCAUCACGGAGCUGAGCAGUCUGUAUAACACUCAGUACAGAUAUGGCAGCAUCAUCACUACCAUCUACCAAGCGAGCGGUGGCACCGUUGACUGGACCUACGAUCAAGGCAUCAAGUACUCCUAUACCUUUGAGCUGAGAGACACUGGACGAUAUGGAUUCGUCCUGCCAGCCAAUCAGAUCAUCCCGACUGCUCAGGAGACCUGGUUGGCUCUCAUGACCAUCAUGAAGCAUGCCAAGAACAACCCGUACUAAACCAGCAGCUCGACUCAACUCAUGAGAGAUUGCAUACCAUUAAAAAAAAUAAUAAUAAAGUGGUGAUUGUCCAA